AUGAGCAGCGGGAAGAUGGUGGCGGGAGCGAUAGGACCCACAAAAUGGGGGCUGCAGAAGAUGGGCAAGUGCAGUGAGGACACUGGGAAGGCCCAGCAGCUAUCUUCAGGUUGGCUGCAGGCUUCAACAGAGGCCCAGCAGCUAUCUUCAGGUUGGCUGCAGGCUUCAACAGAGGCCCAGCAGCUAUCUUCAGGUUGGCUGCAGGCUUCAACAGAGGCCCAGCAGCUAUCUUCAGGUUGGCUGCAGGCUUCAACAGAGGCCCAGCAGCUAUCUUCAGGUUGGCUGCAGGCUUCAACAGAGGCCCAGCAGCUAUCAUCAACAAUGGCCACCAAAAGAGACAUGGAAGAACUAAAGAGAUCUAAUGAGGAGCUACGGAAAUCAGUGGAGUUUAUGGCACACCAAAUGGAAGCAAUGACAAUGAGGUCCGGGGUCCAGGGAUCAGUGCCCAGGGACCAAGAUUUGGACUCAGUGGAGCGGCAAGUGGUGAAAUUCCUCCAAGAAAAGGGAAUUAGCCUAAAUGAGGAGAAUAUAGAAGCUUGUCACCGUUUCCCUCAGAAAGAUAAAAGCAAACCGGCAACCAUCAUUAUGAGGUUUGCAAAUAGAAAAUUCAAAAUCAGUCUUUUGCGACAAAGUAGGAUGCUCAAGGGAUCAAAUGUUUAUCUCAAUGAACAUUUAACCAAGAACAAUGCUGAUAUUGCUAAAAGAGCUCGGUUCCUACGCAAAGAGGGAAAAAUACAAGCAACAUGGUCGUCCAACUGCAAAGUCUACAUAAAGCUAAAUGGUGCACCUGAGCAGGCACAAGUGCUAAUGGUCACAAGCUUAAAUGAUUUGGAAAAAUUUGCAUAGACUGUGGUUUGCUGGUUUAUAUGUUUUUUGUGUUUUUAGGGUUGACAUCUAUUCUGCAAAUCCUUACUAACUUCAAAUGUCUAUCAAACUUCCCAAAAAAGGACUCAAAUUUGCCCACUUGAACAUCUGUAGUCUGAAAAACAAGGCAAUUGAGUUAGGUAAAAUAAUGUUUGAUAAUGAUCUACAUAUAGUAGCAAUUUCUGAAACUCAUUUGGAUGAUUCAAUUGACAAUACUGAAAUAUUUAUACAAGGUUACAAUAUAAUUAGACUUGAUAGAGACAGAUAUGGGGGAGGAGUAGCCUUUUAUGUACAAGACCACAUUCCAAUAAAGCAAAGACGAGAUCUCAACUUGACAGAUGUAGAGGCAAUCUGGAUCCAGGUUCACUUGCCACAUCUAAAGCCAUUACUAAUCUGCUGCUGCUAUAGACCACCUUCCUCUGAUGCAGCACAUCUUGAAAAAAUAUGUGCAAUGCUUCAGAAUGUUUCUGACACAAACAGAGAAAUUUAUUUCUUAGGAGACUUAAAUAUUGACUGGCUCUCAAAAAACUGCCCGAUGAAAAGAAAGCUUGAUGACACUGCCACUGUAUGUAACCUAGCUCAAAUGAUAAAUCUACCAACCAGAAUAAAUAUGAACAAUUCUGGUGUAUUGUCUUCAACUUGCAUUGAUCAUCUUUUUACUAAUUCAGUAGAUAAAUGCUCAAAGGUUGUUUCAGUGCCAAUUGGAUUUAGUGAUCAUAACAUGAUUGCAAUGGCAAGAAAAGUGAAAGUCCCCAAAGUUGGACCCACAAUUAUAUACAAGAGACUCUACAAACAUUUCAGUGAUAAUGCCUUUAUUGAAGAUGUACAUAACAUACAGUGGGACAGUGUAUUUGAGUCAAAGCAUACUGAAGCAGCUCUGCAUGAAUUCAUGAAGUCAUUUUCUUCUGUCUGUGAUAAGCAUGCACCCAUCAAGAAACUCACUGUCAGAUCUGUCAAAGCCCCUUGGCUUGACUCUGACCUGAGACACUUGAUGAAAGAUAGAGAUAAAUGGAAAAGAGUUGCUGUAGAUUCAGGUAGCUCAGAGGACAGGCUAGCAUAUCGCUCUUUAAGAAACAAAGUGACCAAAUUAAAUAAACAGAAAAAAAGGGUGUACUACCAAUCUAGAAUUGAAGAAGUUAAACAUGAUGGCAAAAGACUUUGGAGUACUCUCAAUCAAAUCAUGGGUAGAGAUAAAAGGGGAAAAACACCAGCAUUUAUAGAAUCAGGUGAAGGAUUUAUCACCAAGCCCAAAGAAAUUGCUAAUUACUUCAACAAUUAUUUCAUAAGUAAAGUUGAUACUAUAAGAAAUGGCAUGCUGCCUGUAAGCGGUAUUCUAUCUGAGUCACUUAUUAAAAAUGAUAUCAUGCAGGACAAAGAAUGUACAUUUGAAUUCUCAGUCACCAAUGUAUUGGAAAUUGAGAAUCUAUUGUCUGAAUUGAAAUCUGACAAACCUUGUGGUCAUGAUAAUAUAGAUAGUAGACUUUUAAAGUUGUCAGCUGGAAUAAUAGCCAGUCCGAUAUGCUAUAUUUUUAACUUAAGUUUUAAAGAAGGAAUCUAUCCUCAAGUAUGGAAGGUUGCAAGAGUGACUCCUCUACCAAAAAAUAGGAAAGAAACAUUCACUGGAUUAAAUAGUAGGCCCAUUAGCAUUUUACCAGUAUUAGGAAAAUUAAUGGAAACAAUUAUAUUUAAGCAAAUUCAAAAGUAUUUCUCUAUAAAUAACAUUCAUUCAGACUUUCAACAUGCAUAUAAAACUGGCUAUUCAACAUGCACAGCUCUCACACAAAUAACAGAUGACUGGCUAAAACAAAUUGACAGUAAAUUAUUAGUUGGCACAGUGCUACUAGAUUUUAGUGCAGCUUUUGAUAUUAUUGAUCAUAAACUACUACUUAUAAAACUGUCUGCUUAUGGUUUUAAACUCUCAGCGAUUAACUGGAUGAAAAGCUACCUAGUCAACAGACAGCAAUGUGUCAUGUUCAAUGGAACCCUUUCAAAUAUUAAAACAUUAUAUUGUGGUAUUCCACAGGGAAGUUGCCUGGGACCUUUAUUAUACUCAAUAUUUGUAAAUGAUAUGUCAUGUAUUUUAAAGAAUAGUUGCUGUGCAAUUUACGCAGAUGACACAACAAUAUAUGCACAUGCAGAUAAUUGCACCGACCUGAGCACUAUACUACAAGAUGAGGUCAUGCGGAUUUCAAAAUGGGUUACAGAAAAUAAGAUGAAACUUAAUAUUUCCAAAACAAAAUGUCUUGUUAUUUGCUCAAAACAUGCUCAUAGAAAGGAACGCAUAUUAAAUGUUUCUCUGAACGGAGUUCAUGUUGAACAAGUUAAAGAGGCCAGGUUGCUGGGAGUUACAAUAGAUGAAAGACUGUCUUGGGCCACUCACAUUAAAAACAUAGUAACAAAAAUGAGCAGAAGCAUUUCAAUCAUAAGAAGAAGUGCCUAUUUUUUAACUAACACAUCUAUGAAGCAAGUUAUACAAUCCCUUGUAUUGUCACAUAUGGACUACUGCCCAGCAAUCUGGUCUAAUGCAUCUAAACAAGAUCUAAAUAAAAUCCAGCUUACCCAAAACAGAGCUGCCAGACUAGCUCUCCAUUGCUCAUUUAGGACUGGCAUUGAGAUCAUGCAUCAUGAAUUGUCAUGGAUGAAAGUUGAUGAAAGACUGGCUUGUAGUUUGAUUCUAUUUUUAAAAAACAUCUAUACAUACCAUAAACCCUCAUAUCUGUAUUCUCAGCUCUUGCUUGCCAGUGACAGUCACAACUACGGUACCAGGCUAGCCCAAAGAGGUGCGCUCACCCGUCUUAAACCCAAAAGUGAUGUUUUGAAAAAGACUGUAAUGUAUCGGGCAAUCACUUACUGGAAUAGACUUCCACAAUAUCUGCUAUCAAUCACCAGCAUAGUGGGCUUUAAGAAUAAACUAAAAGGAGAAGUAUUGUGUAAAGAGAUUAUUUUAGAUUGUACCUAAUGUCAUGACUGUUUUUAUUGACUAUUGAAUAUUUUAUUGAUUAUGGGAUAAGCAGCAGAAAAUGGAUGGAUGAUACUUUUCCGUCACUUAUUGUUUGUCUUUGGUACACUAAUGUGUUUUAGGCCAUUGGUUCUUUGUUUUAUUUUUGCAAAAAUGUAUACAGUAUAUCUAUUUUUAUAUUGCUAUUUUUAUCUUUGGUAUGAAAAUUAUUAAGUAACAACAUCUAUUAGUAUUUUUUGGUUCUUUGUUGUUGCUAUUUUUGUAUUAUGACAAUUUAUUAUUGGAUCAUGUUGUACUGCAUUUUAAUCGUUUGUUCUGUGGUUGUGUGAUGUUUUUUGC